GUGUUCUCCGCCUCUCAACAUGGCGGGGGAACCGUCGUCACCCCACGGCCGCUCGUCAACUAUUUCAUUCUGCCCACAUUUAUUCUUCAUGUAGUUGGACUAGCCUGCCUCUGGGCACUUUGGUACUACCUUCGAUUCACCACAGUCUUUCCUUUCCAUCAUCGCGUGUUCUACUGCCGAGAUGUGCAUUUAUAUAAGCCAAAUUAUGUGCCUGAAGAUUUCAACGUCUACGUGUCCUAUCCACUUCUCUACUGCCUUGGAUUCAUCCUACCACCACUUGUUGUGAGUUUGAGCAGUUCUUCUGGCUGUUUUGGCUUUACUCAUGGUAUAGCAGACGUUUUAUUGGGAAAAUACAACGCAUAG